CACAUUUCUUGACACCCUGUGCAGGCGAAAUAAACAUUUCAAGUCGGCGUAGAAUUUUCUAAAAGUCAUCUGUUAAACAGAAAUACCGGUUAAUAUAUUUCAACAUGGGCGAUGCUGACAAAGCGAUGAACGAUACGGAAGUUGUUAAGACGGUGCAGGGAAUCCAAGUGAUCCCCGCCGAGGAAGUGGCCUCCAUCGAGGAGAUAAUUACAAUUGAUCCGGAUUGCUAUGAAUUGGAUCUGAAUCAUCGCCGAAUCGAGAAAUUGGAGAAUUUUGAACCCCUUACGCAGAUUGAACGUCUGUUCCUGCGCUGGAAUCUGAUUAAAAAGAUCGAGAACCUGUCGACGCUUAAGACUUUGGUCGAACUGGAGCUUUACGAUAAUCAGAUCACCAAGAUUGAGAAUCUUGAUGAGCUGACCAAUCUGGAAAUGUUGGACAUCAGCUUUAAUCGUCUUACCCAAAUAGAGAACCUUGACAAGCUGGUAAAGUUGGAAAAGGUAUUCUUCGUCUCGAAUCGCAUCUCCAAAAUCGAGAACAUAGAGAUGCUCACGAAUCUUACCAUGUUGGAGCUGGGAGACAACAAACUGAAGAAGAUCGAAAACAUCGAAACGCUGGUGAACCUGCGACAGCUUUUCCUGGGCAAAAACAAGAUAGCCAAAAUCGAAAACCUAGACACUCUGGUCAACCUGGAAAUCCUUAGUCUGCAGGCCAAUCGCAUUGUGAAAAUUGAGAACAUAGAGAAGUUGACUAGCCUUCGAGAGCUUUACAUAUCAGAAAAUGGUGUGGAAACCAUUGAAAACCUCUCCGAGAACAAAAAGCUGGAGACUCUAGACUUGGCCAAGAACCGAUUGAAGAGCAUUGGCAACCUAGAAAGCCUGGAACUCCUCGAGGAACUUUGGCUGAACCACAACGGCGUGGACGAUUGGAAGAACAUCGAGUUGCUGAAGGUAAACACGGCCCUGCAGACGAUCUACCUGGAGUACAAUCCCCUGGCCAAAGACGUCCGUUAUCGCUCCAAGCUACGCGACAUCCUGCCGCAGCUGCAGAAGAUCGAUGCCACCCUGUGCAAGGUGCCCGGAUCCUAGAUGGAUCUGACCUAACCCCUCUAAAAGACUAAUCCGCGGCGAUACGCCGACACAUUUGUAUUGAAUAACUUUGGAAAAUUGCGUUUAAAUAUAUAUUAAAACUAAAAAAUUUAA